AUGUUGGCUGCCGUUUUGGCGAGCGAAGCCAGAGGACAACGGAGGAGACAUCGACCGGACGAAGGAAAAUCGUUGAAUCCCCUGCUGACGCCGAUCUCGCAGAAGGGAGCCCUUCGAGAUUUCCACCAGCGACACCCCGUUCCGCCCGGCGUCGGCGUGUCCGUCCCUUCCCCGGAAUACGAGACCCGCGACGUCCCUCGUCCUUCUCUUCGACCCCCUUACACGCAAGCGCAUUCGCCUUCAUCGACGCUGGGACCGCUGUACGACGGAGGAGGACCGUCGACGAACCACAUCCCGGGUCAUCGAGGUCGAGGUCAUCAGGCGAAAGUGAAAUUGGGUCUCGGGAACAGACCUCAUCCCCAGCGUCCUCCUCCUCCACCUCCACCUCCAUCCCAUCCCCAUCCUCAUCUCGGAGGAGGAGGAGGAGGAAGUUACCAGGGUAAAGGCCCUCACGAGGUGCCUCAUUGUGCCCGCAACCUCACCUACAGCUUCUGCCUCGACGAUUACGAAUAUCCCACAUACGAGAUGAAAGGGGCGAUCGAGAACCACGCCGAGAAAUUCAACGAAAUCUACGCCGACGUGGCCGAUCAGCACACCAAAGACACGGUGGAAACCAUCACUUACAUCGAUGACGAAACUUACUUGUGUCCGUCGGACGUGCUCUUCGUUCGGCCGAAGCGAGCCAGAAACGUGGAGGGAAAAUGGAAGAUCGUCGUGAACUUGGAGGAGGGAUAUCAUUCGUUCACGCAGACCGUUCGCACCGAGAAAUGCCUGGAAACCGUGAGAGGAAAGUACUGUCCUCUGGUUCCAGAGUGCUACGAAUCCAAGUGCAUCCAAAAGAGCAUCUAUCAUCGAUUCCUCACCUACGAUCCCUACGACGAAUACUUCCCCUUUGCCUUGGACAUCUUCCAACUUCCUGGAAGCUGUUCCUGCUACGUCGGGGAAUACCUUUCCGGCCACGAAGACCCCCAUAAGGGCAACCAGUAACACGACGUACUGAUUACUUCUACCCCAGUAGGGACGGCUCGCUUCCGUUUUGGGGCCAACUUGUACAUAAUAGAUGAAACCGAUGGAGACGUCUUUCGUUUCCGUUGAACGCAGGGAAGAGAGAAGUCGACGGUCCUUUUUUCGAAUCACCGGAUCUCCCGGAAAUCGGGUGGUGUGAAUGACGUCGGGCAGGAGUGCAUCUUGUAAUUGUGGGGUG